AUGUCUAGCUCCCAGAACAGCUCCAACUCCAGCCAAGGCUACAACAUCACAAGCUCGGGCACCAACAGCCAGGGCAACCAGUACGACGCUCGGGACUAUGGAGACUCUGCUGCCAACUCCAACUCGUACCAUUACUCCAACAAUGAUGGUAGCUACUACUACUCGAACCCGAACGGCUCGACCUACUACAAUGACGGGCAGGGCAACGCCAACUACAAUCCCCCUUCCCAGGGCAAGUAG